AUGCGGUUCAAGAUGGGGAACGUCCUGCUGUCUCUUCUUUUCUGGUACAAAGCUGUGCUGGCCCUGUCCCCUGGUGAGGAUGAGAGAUUGGAGCUGUGGCACAGCAAAGCUUGCAAAUGCAAUUGCCAGGGAGGACCUAAUUCGGUGUGGUCCAGUGGAACUAACAGCUUGGAGUGCAUGCCAGAGUGCCCCUACCACAAACCCCUCGGCUUUGAGUCUGGCGCUGUCACCCCUGACCAGAUCAGCUGCUCCAACCCCGAGCAGUACACAGGCUGGUACUCCUCAUGGACAGCCAAUAAGGCCCGCCUCAACGGCCAAGGUUUUGGGUGCGCCUGGCUCUCCAAGUACCAGGACAACGGGCAGUGGCUGCAGAUCGACCUGAAAGAGGUGAAGGUGAUCUCAGGGAUCCUCACACAAGGGCGCUGUGAUGCUGAUGAGUGGAUGACCAAAUACAGCGUGCAGUACCGCACCGAUGAGAACCUCAACUGGGUUUACUACAAGGACCAGACCGGAAACAACCGGGUUUUCUAUGGCAACUCGGACCGGUCAUCCUCAGUGCAGAACCUGCUGCGGCCGCCCAUCGUGGCCCGCUACAUCCGCCUCAUCCCGCUGGGCUGGCACGUGCGCAUUGCCAUCCGCAUGGAGCUCCUCGAGUGCCUGGGCAAAUGUGGCUGAGUGCCCACUGGGUAGAGGUGUGCAGGUGUGUGCCUGUAUGGCCGUCCCAUCUCACUGCUGAUGUGUGCUGCGGCCACGAUCCUGCCGACCCCACAAACAGAAGGGCUUUCUUGAAUAAAACACUGCUUUACAUGACACCUGGUGAUACGGCUGAACCCUACUCCAAUAGCUUACUGUUUUU